AUGGAGGGCAGCCUGGAGCAGCCUGGUCCAGAGAGGGGGCCUGGGGACAGCCAGGCCCUCACUGAGCUCCAGGAGCUGGCCCUGAAAUGGUUCAUGGAGACACAGGCCCCUUCCAUCCUGCAGAACGGGGCCCUGCCCCCUUGGUUUCACGGAUUCGUCACCCGCAAGCAGACAGAGCAACUGCUGUGUGACAAAGCUCUUGGGUCCUUCCUCAUUCGCCUCAGUGACCGGUCCGCCGGCUACAUCCUGUCCUACAGGGGCAGUGAUCGUUGCAGGCAUUUUGUCAUCAACCAACUCAGAAACCGGCGCUACCUGGUCUCGGGGGAUACUCUGAGCCAUAGCACCCUGGCCGAGCUGGUGCGCCAUUACCAGGAGGUGCAGCUGGAGCCCUUUGGGGAGACAUUGGCUGCUGCCUGUCCCAGGCCAGAAGACCAUGAUCUGUAUGAUGCCAUCACCCUGGGGCUCCACCAGACCAACCUGGGCCUUGAAAACCAUCCAGCAACAACAUCCCCCACCACAGUACCUGACAAGGCUGCCAGCCCCCGUGUCCCUGUGAAGGCCCGGGGCUCCUUCCUGCAUGCAGACAAAAGCCUAGACCUAGGUCCCCGGAGCCUUGGCAAGGAGGACAGCGCUGAGGCCCACAGCAGGGUGCCCCCCCUCCCUGAGAGGAGUGCCCCGCUCCUGGAUAAGUCUCCUGCCAGCCCCGGCGACCUCAUCUAUGCAGACCUGAGGAAGACGAGCCAGCCACAGCCAGGCCUGGGGAUAGCGGUGUCUGGCCAGGCCUGUCCCCCAGGCAGGGAGGCCCUACAGAGACUCUCAGAUGGAGAUCAAGACAGGCCUGAUGACCUGGGGCCUGCCCUCCCUGGGCUGAGCCCAGACCAGGGCCCUAAAAUGUCUUCCACCUCCUGGGGGCCACCCCAGCCUCCCAGCUCUGAAAUUCGGGGAUCCUGGGCUGCUACAAGGAGGCAGGGGUUUCUACAGCUGAGUCAUGAGGCUCUGUCCUGCUCCCAGGGAAGCUUCACGGAUGCCUCGGACCUCACUGGGACAAUGGGUCUCCUGCAGGAGGCCCACAAUACAGACGACCAGAGGAAUAGGGCCUAUGCACAGAUCCCAGCCCGCUGGGGUGGCCCAGCCAGGCUCCCACCUCCCGGGGCCAGUCCCAUGUACAGCACACUGUCGGAACCCAUGAACAGUGGCUACGAGAAGAUCUCAGGGCUCCCGGAGCCAGGCAACACCUACGAGCAAGUCCCAGCAGCCAGGAGCAAGGAGCCCGGACGGGCACAUAAGCCUGACAAGCUCCGGAGGCUCUUCUUUGCAGACAAGAAGCACAGAUUCUGAAGAGGGUCUGGCCCCAGGGUUCCCCAGCUCCUGUGCUGUGCUGAGGUCAUCUAAAGCCCUCCACUCGCCCAAGGGUACCCUGGAAUCCUCAACCCAACAAACUACUGUGGACCAGGCACAGAAAUACAGCCUGCAUGCCUGCCUGGAGGGACCUCCCUCAGCCUGUGCGCCUACAUGUCCUGCUCCCCAGUGUCUCCCAACCACGCAGAGGAUGGAAAAGGCCACAGAGCAGGGACCAGCCAUGGGCAGGAGUCAGCAUCCUUCUUCGCAGAAGAGUGCAUCAAGACUGGGGCUUGGAGCUCACUGAAGAGUGCCAGGCCUGGGCUGGGACAGACACCUUCCUAAUGGACAGGGGGACACGGUACAGCUUCCCGGCUCAGGGUCCUGGCAGCAGACAGGAAGAGGGGCAGGAGCCACAUCCUUUCUUCUGUCCCACAGGAAUGUAGCAGCAAGGCCUGGCCUUGAAGCCUCAGCUUGACCUUAGAACAGAUCAGGGUCCCACCACUCACCCGUAGCUCCUCUGGCUUCCCUCAUCCCAGCCUCAGGCACAGCUGAGAGAAUCCUGAUGCUCCCAGCCCAAGCCUUUGGUGUUACAGAUAGAGAAACCACACCCCUUGGUGGAGGGGCAGUGCUUCGGGGCCAUACUGCUAAGCAAAAGCCCCCUAAAAAGGUUGCUCACUCUGGGGCUAAUCUGGACCAUAGCGGUGGUAGCAUCUGCAGCCUGCCAGGGAGUGCUGGGUGCCGUCCCUGUGUGCUCCGGCCUCUAGCCAGUCUGACCUGGAUCCCAGCCCUACCCUAUGGCCUUGCCCCAUGGAGCCACAGACUCCUGCCAGCCACAGCUCUAGACACGGCUCAGGUCUCCUGCUUCCACCACUCCCUUAGGCCAGGCUGGCUCUGCCUGGGAUCCUUCCUAUUUUUUCCCUUGGCGCCCUUGCCCACAUGUUCCCACCUCCAUAAGGGUGACAACUGGGGGUAGUGGCCAGGACUGACCUCUCCAGAUAGAACACAGGUGCUCUCCCUCCUACCUGAACCUGGGCACAAUUAACUUAGAGCAUAUCCGGGGCAGCUUGGCUAUGCAACUUCUCCCUCGCCCUAGGGCAUCGCGCUGAGACCAAAGCCAGUGCCUGGAGAGGGAAGGCUUAACCUUGCACCAGG